AUGAGGAGCAACUUGAAGAUAUUUAAGAACUUGAUCAAUUCAAACAGCUGUAAACACGACAGGUUCAUUGUGUCAUCAAGAGAAAUGGAGAAUCAUCCUGGUUCCUGCAUUAUUCUGUACGGAAGUGAAUGUGAUGAAGCUGUUUGCUUUACUCCUCCAUCCAAACCAGCCUGUCCGAUCACUGAAGAGGUCAAAGGUCAGAAUGUGGUUCUGAAGGUUCCUCCAUCAUGUCCUGCUACAGUGGAGCUCAGAUUACUGUAUAAAGUGAAGCAGGACACAGUCUGGACAUCUGAACCUGUGCUGAAGGAUCAACACACAGUUACUCUGACUGAUCUGAGAGCAGGAACUGAGUAUGAGAUCAAAUGUGCAGCUGUGGGGAAACUCAACUACACUGUAGACAGUGACGUGAUCAGAGUCAUCACAGAGCUCCUCCAUGAGAGAUACGAAACCGGUGUGGCACAAAGAGAAAAAACAAGGACAUUGGAAAAGAGCAGAGCAGAGCAGAACAAAAUAUAUCACCUAUUUCACAGACUUCAUCUUAAAGACAGGUACCACAAUAAACUGAGAGCUGCAGAUGUUCUUCAGAUAACUGGACAUUCAUUACAGUCCCAUGAGUAUUGUACUGAACAGGAGCUGAUUCAGACUUUCCUACAAAAACUACUGAUGAUGAACUACAGAGCAAGAUUUAUUAUAUCUAAAGAGAAAAAUGAGGAAGAUCACACACAACGAAAAGACAAUCACUCAUCUGAAGAUGAAAGUGAUAUUUUUCAUGAAAUGUUUUUAUCUAACUAUGGAGCAAGCCAGUCUAAGGCCAUUCACCCGAUGGAUGUUCAGAUGGCCGUGUUUCAUUGUGCCGAUAGUUUCCUGAAGCAGCUGAUGGUCACUAAACUGUCCCAGUGUCAGUACGCUCUGCCUCUGCUUCUUCCUGAUCCAUUCACACAACAGAUUGAGUUUCCUCUCUGGACAUUUAGAGAAAUCACCAAGAGCUGGAAGAUCAGAAACACCAACAAUGAAAUCAUCAGUCAAACCCAGCCGAUCUACAAAGCAGAAACUUCAAUGGUGUCUUUCUUCAGGUUUGGCUCUGUGCCUUCAUCCAAGUCUCAGCUGAUGAACAGUCUGAUCAAUGAGAAACACAACACGUUCUUCCACAGGAACUGCCCAGGCAGCAGCAGAACCAGAGAACUGAUGGAUGGAGUGGUGGAGAUCGCCUGGUUCUGCCCCUCUGGAUCAUAUGAUGAUAAAUUCACUGACUGUGUUGCAUUCUGUAAUCUACACGGUGAUGCAGGAGACCAUGAAAAACAGCUUCAGAUCCUCACUGAAAUGGCCUCAGUCAAUGUUGUUCUUCUACCACAACUGGACAGGAAUGACAAAAGUGCAGCAAUAAUACAAAACAUGUACAGGAACUCAAAGCCACUCAUUUGUCUUUUUACUGAGAAUGAAUCUGCUGUAACUGAAAUAAAGAAAAGAAAAUAUAAGAUUGGUCUGAAAAAUAGAAAUCAGUCAGUUGUAUCUGAAGAACUCAGAAGAGCUAUAAAUGACUGUCUCUCAGAAUCAUCUUCCACUCUCAGACUUGAAGAUGUGUCCAAACACUCAGAUGUCAGAGUAGAUGAGGAAGAUGAUGAAGACUGCAGGAGAGGAAGAGAAGCAGCACAGAAGAUGAUGAGUUUACUGGAGAAGAAAGAUCUGACAGAAAUCAAAGAAUCAGUUCUGCCUCAUCAGGGGAAACUGUGGCAUCAGUGGCGUCAGAAGAACAAGGAACUACAUCGACCUAAAGCAGAUGAGAUAGAAAUGGACAUCAGUAGAAAGAAAACAGAGUUGAAAAGAAUUCGUCAGCAUCAGUAUGAAUCUGACAUAAGAGAGUUUAUUAAGUUCUUCAUUAAAGAAAUUAACUCAGGUGCUGCCAAUAAAAAUAUAUAUUUUCUCAAAUGGCUCAGAAUCCUCCUGGAUGAAUAUACCUCAGGUGACCUUUCUUAUCUAAAUCACAAAUAUGAUGAAAAGUGGUCAACAGUCUUAAAACUGAAAGAGAAUUGUAAUAAAAUUGAACAACUUAAAGCUGAACAAACUGAACUUGAGAGAAUAUCUGAGAAGCUUCAAGCUGCAGCCUUUGGUUUGGAGCACAUCAUGAGGGAGAUCGGUCAGAUCUAUGAAUCAUGUUCAUCUGUGAAGAAGAACAAGAAAGACCUGCAGUUUGACUUCUCUUCUCUCCCGAGUCUUGCAGCAGAGAUGAUGAUCUCUGGAUUUCCACUGGAGCUGAUGGAUGGAGAUGCUGCUCAUGUUCCUGUGAUCUGGAUCUCUGCUGUUCUAGAUGAACUCAUCCAGAAACUGGGAGACCAGAGAGUCUUUGUGCUGUCAGUUUUAGGGCUUCAGAGCUCUGGGAAAUCCACCAUGCUGAAUGCCAUGUUUGGACUCCAGUUUGCCGUCAGUGCUGGCAGGUGCACCAGAGGAGCUUUCAUGCAGCUGGUCAAAGUGUCAGACGAGAUGAAAACACAGAUGAACUUUGACUAUAUUCUGGUUGUUGACACUGAGGGUCUUCGUGCUCUAGACCUGGCUGGAAGAUCAAGAAGACAUCAUGACAUUGAAUUGGCCACAUUUGUUGUUGGUCUUGGAAAUCUGACAUUGAUCAACAUCUUUGGAGAAAACCCAUCUGAGAUGCAGGACAUUCUUCACAUUGUUGUUCAGGCCUUCAUGAGGAUGAAGAAGGUCAGACUGAAUCCCAGCUGUGUGUUUGUGCAUCAGAAUGUUUCAGACAUCACAGCUGUAGAGAAAAACAUGGAGGAAAAGAGACGACUGCAGCAGACACUGGAUAAGAUGACUAAACUCGCUGCUGAAGAUGAAGUUUGUGAUGCAGAAUGUUUCAGUGAUGUCAUUGCAUUUGAUGUACAGAAUGAUGUGAAGUAUUUUGCUCAUCUUUGGGAGGGAAACCCACCCAUGGCACCACCAAACCCAGACUACUGUGAAAAUAUUCAAGACCUAAAGGAAACUAUUAUAUCUUGUGCAGAAAAACCCCAUGGAAUGAUGCUGAUAGACUUAAAAGAUCAUAUUAGAGAUCUAUGUGAGGCUUUACUGAAGGAACGAUGUGUCUUCAGCUCCAGAACUGCUCUGGAGAUUUCAGCCUACAGGAAACUGGAGACUGAAUACAGCAAGUGGUCCUGGAGGCUUCGCAGUGCCAUGAUGGAAACUGAGAAUAAACUACACAACAAAAUAGAAAAUGAAGCAAUUUAUAAGUUUGAAGAAACUGAUCUUCAAAGAGAACUGAAGAAGACAAGUGAGGAUGUGAAAAACUCAAUGUCAGAAUUCUUUGAGAAAGAUGCUGAUAUAUUGGUUCAGUGGAAAAAAUCAUUUGACGUAAAAAUGAAAGAGAUUCAGGAAAACAUUGUGAGAGAAACAAAGAGGAAAUUAAAUGAGAUUCUUCAGCAGCGAGACCUAAAGAAAAAGACUGAUGAUCAGAAGACACAUCAUGAAAACACUCUCUAUGAAAAGAGCAAAGAACUUGCCUUAAAACUCAAAGACAAAACAACUGAUGAACAAACACAGAAGAAAGAAUUUGAUUCAUUUUGGAAAAAGAGUGUUGACAGGAUUCUCUCAGACAGUCCUCAAAUUAAAGACACUGACAUAAUGACAGAUGUGAGAGAGAUCCUCAAAAACAUCUAUAGAAGUUCUCUUGUAUACAAUUGCAGUGAGAGCUAUGAUAUUUUUACUGUGACGACUUACUCUCAAUAUGUCAUUUUCAGAAAUUCCACAAAAACAGUUAAAGAAACAUGUGGAUUUGAUCAAAGUCUUUCUCUAGAAGAUGAAGCCCAAAUAAGAUCAUUAGUCACAGAUGUUGCUCAGCAGACAGACAGAAUGAUUCAGUCAUUUAACAUUUCAAAGAUGGGCUACAACAUCAGCUACAUUCAACAACUCACAGGUUACAUCAAGACAAGAGUAACAGAACAUCAGAAAAGACAAUUGAAAUAUGUGUUCAAGAUUGAUUUCUUCAUGGAUUUGGUUCUUUCUAUCAGUAAAAGGGCAAACAAGAUGAUCACUGACCAACACAGACUCUUCAAAGAAGCCAAUGAUCCUAAGAUAUAUGUAGAGAAGAAGAGAGAAGAGUACUAUAGUGUUUUCCAGAAAUACUGUCAUGGAGCAACAUCAGCUGCCAUUUUUGGUGAGAUCAUCUGUCAGAAACUGAAAGAGCCCAUUGAGCAGAGUGUCUACAAGAAGACUGCCAGAGAUCUGACUGAUGGAAUGAGAACAAACUGUGAAUCACUGAAUGGAAACGGAUCAAAUCUGGAGAAACACAUCCUGAAGACACUGGCAGAUGAAGAGGACUUCAAAAAAUACAUGAACUACAUUCAUAAUCCCAGAGAUCAUUUCAAGAGUUUCAUCAGAGAUGAAGUCAGUCAGUACAUCACUGAUAAGUUCAGUGUCAGUGUUUUACCCAAGAUGAAGGAGAACAUUGAACUCCUGCAGCAGAAGAUCAUGAAAGCAGUACAUGAAUCUACUGAACAUGUUCAAGUGAACAGAGGAGAUGUUGGUUUGUGGUUGAAGAGUUUCACACAGCAGAUCUCAGAUAUGCUGAUCUUCUCUGAAAAAGACCUCAAUGGAGUGAAACAUGAUGAUGUUGAUGAUUUAAACCUCCUAGAAGAUGUGAUAAGACAAGAGCUUCCUACUAUAAUAUCAGACAUCAGCAGAAGAUUCAACACAGAGACAUUUCCAGUAAAUCUGGACUAUAAAUUUAGACCAGAUGAGCUUCUGAUUGAUCACUUCUGUCAGUGUUGUUGGGUUCAGUGUCCGUUUCGUAAAGCCAUCUGCACCAACACCAUAAAAAAACAUCAUGGAGAUAACAGUGCUCCUUUCCACAUAGAGAGAGGAAAUGGAAGGCAUUUCCCACAAGCACAGUAUCUCUGUGCUGUUAUUUGCACAAAAUUAGUGGCAAGUGAUCAGGAUUUCUAUGUACCAGAUGGAAGGUUCCCUUCUAGAGAAUACAGAAGAGCAGGAGGAGUUUAUGAAGACUUGAGCAUCACCUCUGAUCUCUCUGAACUGCCCUACUGGAAGUGGUUUGUCUGCAGAUUUCAGAAAGAUCUGGAAAAACACUACAGUAAAACAUUUGAGGGGAGUUUUAAAAUAUCAGAUGAAUGGAGAAAAUACUCAAAACAGAAUGCUAUUGAGUGUUUGGGUCAAUGUAUCUAAUGGAGCAGAUAGUGAAUGAAAAUCUCACUUUUCCUAUUAGAUUCUCCUCAGAUCACAGUUAAAAAACGAGCUUCUAUCACAUAUCAGCAAAAAUCUGUACUCAUCUACGCCUCACUCCAUGGAGAACUAACAGAGUACACUGAUACAAGAGCUUUGAAGACAAUAUUCAAUCUUAAAGUGGAGCUACACAAUUUUUUUUAGACAUUUUUAUUGAAAAAAAUGUAUGCAACAUUUAACAAAAAUUGUUAUUGUGGAGCAUUUUAUAGCUUUCCUUUUUUUUCCCUUUAAGUUUGGAUGUUAAAUUAUUUGUAGAUAUUCAAAUUAAUAAAUGAGCUUAAAGUUAUUGGGAUUAUAAAAGUAGAGUGUUUGUAGAAAUACAAACAAAAGCUUAAUUUAAAGCAACUUUAUGUAAUUUUGUGUAUUUUAUCAAUAUUACUGCCCCCUACAGUUAAUGGGCAAGUUGUCAUUCACUGGAAUUCACUCUUGAUUUACACCAUAUUUAAUUCUUAUGCAUAAUCGAAAAAAGUGUGCCAUCAGAAUGAUUUUUACACUAUGUCAAGGUAAACAACUUGUAUAAAGUUGCUUUAAUCAGAUUUAAGCAUAAUCAUAUUUUAAACAUAUCAUAAAUGUUAUUACAUAAUAUUGUGAUCAUCAGUACAUCUAAUGAUUCAUGUGCUUGUAUAUAA